AUGCGCUCGCGAUUUGUGGCGGUAUGCCCUCCCUCCGACUCGGUCGUUCUUCCGACCGUGACGAAUGACCGCUUCCCGCCAGAGUGCGCGUUCGUGGGCUCGAACCAUGUCAGGACCCGCACCCUUGCCCGUGCCCGUGCCCAGGGCUGGGAUCAGCCCAAUGCCUACUACUGUGUGCUACUCCGCCAGAGAAGGCGGGGCUUCCUUCCUUUGCAUCUGGCGCCACAUAAACCAUUCCUCCUAGGCAAUAUGCCGUCCAGCUUCGAAUGGGAAGCGUUUGGGCGGCUCAGUCGGGAACGCAGAGAGCAUGUUACCGAGGAGACAACUUAUUCUCAUAUCAAACGCGCCGCAGGCGCCGAUAUCAUCCACCUCAACUUGAACGUUACUGGGAUGUCUGUCUUCGUUCUUUCUUCCCUCGAAGACAACAUCGAUCUUCUUGAGAAACGAUCGACCACUCCGAUAGGUUCGAGGCAUCGACUCAUCCAUUCGCAUUCAUCGAGUACAGAGAGAAACUCGCGUGUCAUGCCAGGCUCCUGCGCCAUCUUCUCGGCGAUCCAGGUGAACCCCUGGAGCACAUCCGCCAGAUGGCAAAAGCUAUCAUGGUAUUGA